GAUACUUCUAGACGAUGUUAUGUACGACAGGCACGUACAAAGGGAGUCUAUGGUGAUUGCCGGUGGGAAUACGUUCCUCUCAACAAGAAAGGUUCCGACGGAAAAGAUCUUUAUGCCCUUCAUAUCAACCCCUUAGAAGGCAAAGAUUCGGGAACGCUUGGAGAUUGGGCUGAGAAUGCUAGUGUCAAUGCGACGCCUCCGUGGAGAGAGCCGUUUUGUCGUGAGUACUAUACGCACACUACCAUGCUUGUAAUAAAUAAGCCUGUAAAAGUGCUUACCUGUGUCGAGAUGUUUAAGGAUUUUGAGCUUCUGCAAGAAGCUAACAUACCAGGUCUUGAUGCUAGUUCUGCAAAAAGCAUGACCGGAAUGUUCAAGGGCACACCGUCUUUGAAGAAGCUUUGCAUAAAAAGUACGUUUCGUAUUGCUGAGGAUGCCGGCCUUGAUGAGGCCGGAACAAGGGCUGGUACCCACUGGGCGCGAAAAGCCAACAGAGAGGAUGGUGCAGAGGUAGACCAAGACAAGCAAGUGUUUGAAUCUGUGCGUGCUCUUGCGGAUUUUCAUAAUGAAAAAACAAAACGGUCGAGCGACGUUAACACGGAAAGCUAUUUGCGGAUAACUCCUAAGCUUGUUGUUACUUUUGAUAAGGGUGCAGACGAUGUGCGGGGCACUAUGGACCCUCAGCAAUUUUCUUAUGGUGAAGAAAAAGCACUCACUAAAAAUGCAUACCAAAGGGAUGGUCAUGCGUUUGUCGGAUGGGAAGACGUCGCUGGUAAUUCUUAUGCAGAUGAAGAGCUUUUUAAAAACACAUAUCCCGACGAGGAUAAAUCAAUAGUUCUCACUACUCAGUGGGAAGCUCAUAAUUCUUCUACUAUUUCAGAUGUAAGUGGUCCUGGUACUGAGAAGGUAUCGGACAAAGUGUGUGAAGGGGAGGGGGGUAACCAGCUAGAAGGUGAGCAAUGUCAUCAAGACGGAUUGGUGUCUGAACUGACGAAGCUUCAAGGAUCGACACUCCUUGCAAAUCACGAACCGGUGUUGUCUGACCCUGCAAUAUCUACGCUGGAAGGACCUGCCGGACGUGCCGAGCAACUUGAACCUGUGGUGUCCGAGGAACCCGAAUUACAAAAUAUCGGAUUAGGGGAACCGAACCGAGGAGACCUGCCAGAUGUGCCGGUGCAAGCAACUAAGCCAGAGCAGCCAGUAGAUCAGGCCACUCAGUCAGAG